CUCCCAACUCGUGCGGUGGCCUCGCAAAUUCAGCAUGGCCGCGAACACAUUGUAAACAUUGCACGAGAGACUUGGGGAUAUAUGGAACAUUUCGUGACAUUGAUCAGAGUCGAGAGAUAUUCUAGCUGAGGCCCUAAAUUCAGUGUUUCCCAGUGGGAUGAUGGAUGCCAGCUGUUGACUCCCCAUCAUGAAUGUAAACCCCUCGCACCGCCGGUCUGGAAUACCGGUCACCAAGAAUAUGCCCCACGUCUCUGCCAGCAUGCCUGGCCGACACCAGCCCCGGAAUAUGACCGGGAUUUACCUCGGGCUGGAAGGCAACAUAAAGCCCCCUGGGUCCCACGGUCCUGUCCCCCCACUGGCCAGAGGGCGUGGCUUGUCCUCCAGGAUCCGGACCACGGCUGAGGACAGGCGAUAUAAAAUGGUUGAGGUUCUACGUCUGAAGGAAGAGAAGCGUGGGUUCAGUGGCCAACCUCUCCGGAGGAAGGUGAACAUGUCCGAGCGACCCACAUACCAGUCUCGGGAACAAGUGUCGUCGGCCCGGAGGUGGGGGCCGGCCAAGAGACUCAACCCAAGCAAUGUGGAGGACCUCAUCAAAACAAAUUCUCGGAGUUAUACACACAUUGCAAAUAGUGGAGUGACUCGAUCAGAGAAUCUCACUGGAUGGCCUGGCGAAGGUGAUCACGUGUUCAUGCUGCCUGAUCACGUGAUCCGGUCUGCAGUACCACGGGAGAAUGUCAUGGGUCUGGAGGAAUGCUAUAGGAAAGUUUGUAAGGGAAGUAUCGAGACGCUGCAUACCCUCUUGCCAUCAUCGUCGACGAACCUCAGCUCGCAGCAUCGCCGUCACAGGGACCCCUCAGCCUCAUAUGCAGCUACCGGGUUUAGUGUCAGGAGUUACAGGAACCCUAACCAGGCUGAAAUAAUCACAGAUUUCCCGCUUCCAAGAACCUCUGGGCGCCCCCAAACAGUGCCGAUACGCCGACCACAUGUUCCUCAGCCGUAUUUCUUCCAAUUUUAUAAUCAGACGAAGCUAAUCUCCCCGAACGGUCCACUAUUCAAUAAAGGCGCCCCCGGGACCACAGAGGAUCCUGACAAUGCAGUGAGGAUAUUCGCAGCCCCAGGAGCAGGUAUUCUCUCACACACGCUACAUCUACAGUCCGCGUUGUCAGAGCCCGAUCACCAUCAAACCCACAAGGAACAAGAGUCGCUGCCACCAUCUUUUUGUCGCACAUUCCAUGGAGCUACUGCUGACUCACAACAACUGGAGAUCUCCAUGCCAAUAUCUGCAGACAUCCCUGUAAGUGAAGACGAUCAGACCAACCGCACCUCCACUCUAGCAGCCACAGAGGAACUGGACCCUCACCACACUUCUCAGAGAGCAGCACAGGACAGGACCAUGGACGACGGCUACCAGAGAGGCGGCGGCUGUGACAGCGCUGAAACGAAGGAGUAUCAGGAUGAGUUGUUGGUCGGCAGGACACUGAAGAGUUCGAGCAGCGGCGCCGACAUCACUGUGGGUCUGGAGAAGGAGGACGGGACGACGGACCAGGUGGAGAUUGAUGACGUUGAGGAGGGGGAGGCAGCAGCUGAACCGCCGGAGAGUGAGUCGCCCAAAGGAAAUGUGAGGAAAGCAUCAAUAGCUGACAAACUCGUCAAGACUAAACAGUCAGAAGCCAUGAUAGCUACACUGAAGGAGAAUGCGGAACAGCGACAAAAGGAUUUCCAGAAAUUGUUAAAUGAACAUGCAGAAAUUGUGCAGGAGAUAGGGCGUACGGCCAGUUCAGAGAACCUGAUCAGCCAAGCUGAACAUGGAGAACGGGACCAUUAACACAGUUGUCUCCCUUGGUUGAGGAGCAGACGUCAUUCAGAAGAAGCAGACAGCAAAUGUUUACAAGCCAAAUGACAGCUUAUUUGUUUAACUGACCAUUGAAUGCCAACCAACUCUACAAUGGAGCACAGUUAAUGAACAAAGUGGAUACUGGAUGAUCUUCUGGUUCAUUUUCCCCAUGUUGGAUACACUGUCUUGCGGUAUAUUGAGCGUGGGUCUUCCAAAACGACAUCUUCACAUUGAACAUACACUGUGGAUAUCUUGGUGAAUACAGACAUUUAUACACCAGAGAUGAUAUCAGGAUAUUGGUGUUUAUAUAGCAUUGGAAUAGGUGUAUAUGAACAUUUAUAUUCCAGUAUAUGGUUUUGAGGAAUAGGAACAUUUAAUUGGGUUUAAUACCAGUACAUAUAGAAUCCUACACGAGAUGAUGUACACAGAAUUAAUGAUGUUUGCUUACGUUGUGUUGAAAGAAGAUGGAUGUGGAGACUGAAUGAAGUAGAGCUUCACGAAGGCUAUAUUUAAUAGAAAUGCCUCUCUUUCCAAUGAAUUAAAAGAUGACCGGUGAUCAUUUUGGUUUGUAAAAUUAUACCCAAGUUAGGGAUAUGGUUUUGGGAAAGAUUCUAUAAAACAAAAGUAAAUGUAGUGUUUAGUUUUUUACGGAUAUUUGGUCUGAGUUUCCUAUCUAUAUCUGAGCAUUAGGCUCAUUUCGCAUUUUUUUAAUACUUCAGUAUGCUUAUCCUUGUUAAAUUGUGUAUUUUCUUUCUUAAGAACAAUAAAGGCAGAAAAUAAUAAAGGUUUAUGAAAAACA